CAGGAUGUAUCCAUGGUCGAACUGUGUUCCUACUGAACCAAACCCACCUCCCAGCGAUGAUCCCAGGCAAUUAUUCUUAAAGUCUUUACAUGAAACGCCAGGAUAUCUGAGAGACGAGGCUUUAGUCAGCUCCCCCCUUUCUAGUACACAAAUACCUUUAUACAUUGAAGCUGACCCCCCUCCAGAUGCAGCUCUAUCUACUCGUUAUAUUCAUCCCCUCCACACACGCACUGGAUAUCAUGACCCAUAUCAUGAUCCAUAUCAUGAUCCAUAUCAUGAUCCAUAUCAUGAUCCAUACAGACAAGCACCAUCGGACUAUUACCACUCUAUUAGUGAAACCCCAUUUGAUGGAACUCCUAGACCCCACUCAGAACACAACUAUCCUGCAACUCAUGAUGGUAACACAGCACAGACUCAAUCUGACCGUGUCACCAACACAGCUCAACCCUCUCUGUCAGAGGAGAUUGUAAAGGGUUCAACACUUGAGGCACUUGUGUCGCUAAGUGGUCAGAAACCACCGGAACCACAGAAACCGCCGUACCUAGGACUGACCGUCAUACCUAGGACUGAUAAUAGAAUGCUUGUAAGUUCUAUCAUGGACCAAGAUGCUUUAUCAUAUGAAGCUGACAUGAAAAAAACAGGGAAACAAGUUUAUAAACGAUUGAAACGACGUCGAAAAAGUAAAAAGAAAAGUGAAGAAAGAGCUCUAAUUCAAAUGUUAAAGGACACCAGCGGACAUUUAAUGUCACAACCAGCAAACCUGCCAGAUGAUAUCGACGGUGAUGAAAUAUCCGAUAUGAGUUUGAGUGAUGACCAAUUACCAGAUCCUAACGCAAAUUUCAUCCAUCCUACGGUUCAAUUAAUGCAAAUGACUGAAAUAUUGCCCGUCCUUCCCAAUUUCAGAACUCUUCCCCCAUCUGAAAAAUCACCGUUUUGUCAGACUGAUCGUGCUCCUCAUCCUCGUGAUCCUCAGCCAUUUUCAAAGAAGUUUGUUGUAAAUCUAAUAGCCGGGGAAAAGGCUGACAAGAUCUAUCCUUCAAAAAGUGGAGAGAUUUACAAAACUGGCAGUUCCUUGUUCAAGUGUGUGGAGAGACCUUACUUUGGGACAGUGUUUGAUAAAAUCCUGCAGUACAUUCCGCUGCCAGACUACACAAAAUCAGACAAUGAACUGGAAGAGAAGACUAAGAUAUGUAUAGGCCACCGGUACACUGUGUGGCUCGAUAAAUCAGAACCUGACUACAUCUGCAUGAGAAAGUUGUACAGAACAGCACCACACCACGUGACGUCAUGUCAAGGAUUUUCACCAGGUCACGGCAUCCUGCGGCUCCAUGUACGUGACUCCUUCACCACCGAGCAGUCUCCCCUUUCCAACUCUCUUGUGAUGAAUUACUUACAAAAAGCGCUCCCAAACUGCCCGCCCCCAGCCUUGGAGUUCAGUGUACCACAGGGGGAACCUAGUAACAUUCUGAUAGCUACCUUUGUAGACUGUUCUACACUUCCGAACGUCGAGGUAAUUCACAGAGGUGUCCGUGGUGGAAUGGCUUGUUCCAUACUACUGUUCCCGCACUAUAUAGACUCAAACUACGGCGAGCCAACGUUUCCUAAAACUUUGCACGAUCCAAGAUUGAAAGAACUAUUCAAUAUCUUUCAAUUUAGUUUUCGUGAUGAUUUGAAGAUUUUUAAGUUUUGUGAAAAUAGUGCUCAGGGACAGUAUUUGACAGCCCUAAAUAGCCGAGAAGCUGUGUCAUGACAUAGAUGAAGAAAAUCUAAAAUAUAUGGUUACAAUUAACAAUGAGCAUUUUAAUAGCAAUAUUAAUUCUCCCCUUAGGCCUUUUCCGUGUAAUAAUACUCAUGACGAGGGAUUCUUCUGAUGUAAGACGUUUAUUGUCUAUAAAGCUUGGUUUCAGUUAUGCUGUUAUGAAUCAAAUCCACCAU